AUGGAAUUACUGAAGCAGAAGGAAAAAAUAACGAAAAUUGCUGAAAAAGACGGGGAAGUAAUAUAUGAAAUACCGGAAAUUCAUGUGAAUGAUGCUGAAAACUAUGGUAUAAAACAGGAUUCGUUAUUCGCGGAAUCAUGGACUGAGGAGCAGAAAAAUUUGCCAAAUUCAAAAGUUCUAAAAUUGAUGGAGGAACAGAAAAAGGAAGCACUCCGAUUGGAAGCUGCUGCAAAAGCCAGCAAAACGAAAUCGGUGGUGAUUGAAUCGGAUCCUCAGAAAAUUGAAAUUAAUAAGCUUUUGGCUGAAGGUAGUUAA